AGGCGCCAUCUUCGCGAUGGUUCGCGUGCAGUGCGAGUUGCCGGGUUGAACGCCUCCAAGUGCAGCAGACCCAAUAAGUGCCAGCGGAGACUAUCUAGUUGGGAGCUUGCCACGUUUAUACACAGUUUUUCUGCAGGACUAUUCAAGCUCGUGUUUGGCAGCUCUCAGAUACGCAGUCGCAGGGGAAUGCGCGUGCCAGAGGAGACUGCGCGAAUGCGAUCCCGCUCCAGGAUAUCGAGACGAUGACUCGUCACCGUAUCACGAUUAGUAGCCAAACUGUAAUUUAGUAAGAAUUAUUCUAAUUCCUGUAUUGGUUCACGUAGAUACCCGCUGUCUAUGCAUGGCUCCACCAACUGUAGCAUUCUCCAUUAAGUAUUACGCUAGGACGUGGUAAAAUGAAAAUCGAGAGCAUCGCUAUGAAUCCUCGCAACCGAUUAACGCACAUUUUUAAAUAAAUUAAUAGUUUGUCAAUAAAAGCUCGCUUCUCCAGGCGUUUAAAUCUCCGAACACAAGCGGGAGUGAACAGUGAAUCAUAAUGAAUUGUUGCCAUCACCAGCAGCCACUGUGUUCGGCAGCCUCGCACUCCGCAGAUACCUCGAAGUAUACUCUAAAAUGGUCAACGGCCGAGCUUAGCCGAGUUGAGUCGAACUGAGCCGAAGCAGCGAUCGUAAGACUGCCUGCGACUGCCUCCAUGCUGUUCGGACGAUUCUCCUUGGUCUCCGUGAGGCCCUGUCUGCCAGGAACCAGCCAGCCAACCAGGUAGCGCCGUUCACCUUCGAGAGCCGAGCCGAGUCCUCGGUGAAUCCCUGUCCCUCACUGUCCCUCAGUCUUGAGGUGGUGACCUGGGGGGAAGGAGCUCUGUGACCCUGAAUCGUUACGUUCGGCGUCCGCUAUUCUAUCUUGACUUCUUUCAAACUUUAUUUAAUAAAUCUCGGCCUCUAAGUGCUUCCGAUGGUAACGACGAACUCUCGUGCUAUAUAAAAGCUUUCGAAAUUUUUCGCCUCGACGAGUUUUCGUGACUUUUCACGAGUACCGGGAAGUGUAGUGUUGUUCGACGUAACACGAACUGUCUACUGGUGCUUUUUAAAACUAUAUUAUAAUCAACUCGUUUCCACGAAUCGAAGUACAAGAGUGUUCAUGUACCCCGUACAAAUUAUAUCCUAGGACUUGGGUGAAAGCACCAGCACACAAAUAUGCUGAUAAGGAAAUUGGCGGCCGUUCUGGUCGCCUUCCUCUUGUGCCAUCUUCAGCCAUCCCAGUCUCAGAUUCCUACUACGAAUAUCUUCAGCUGCCCGAAUGGUUGGGAGCUACGAGGGAUUCACUGUUACAAGUUCUUCAACAUCAGGCACUCGUGGGAGAAGGCUGCCGAGCUAUGCAGGAGGUACGGCAGCGAGUUGAUGGUUGUAGAAACUUAUGGAGAAAACAACAUGACUGCCAGCAUGAUCGGCCGAUACUCCAAUCGCUAUUGGCUGGGUUUGGCCUCUCUGGACGAUCUGCGAACCAAUACCCUGGAGUCAGCGGCAGGCAUGCUGGUCUCCCAGUACGCCGGUUUUUGGGCUUCGAAGCAACCGAAUCCGAGAUCCGGUGAAUGCGUCGACGUCACCUUCACCGAGGAACAGCAAUCCUGGGAACUGACCACGUGCGAAUCACUUCUGCCAUUUAUGUGUCGCGCCGAUGCCUGCCCAGCAGGCUCCUUCCAUUGCUCCAAUGGCAGAUGUAUCAACGCUGCCUUCAAGUGCGACAAGCAAGACGACUGUGGCGACUCGUCGGAUGAACUGGAUUGUCCUUCCAAUUGCCAGUUUUACAUGGCCAGCAGUGGCGACGUGGUCGAAAGUCCGAAUUAUCCUCACAAAUAUGCUCCACUAAGUAAUUGCAAAUGGACCUUGGAAGGACCUCAGGGUCACAAUAUUCUUCUACAGUUUCAAGAAUUCGAGACCGAAAAAAGCUUCGACAUCGUUCAGAUCCUGGUUGGAGGACGAACGGAGGACAAAUCAGUGAACUUGGCUACCCUCUCCGGUAAACAGGAACUAAGCAGCAAGCUCUUUGUCUCAGCCUCCAACUUUAUGAUCGUCAAGUUUAGCACGGACGGUUCUGUUGAGAGGAAGGGCUUCCGAGCCUCGUGGAAAACGGAACCGCAAACGUGCGGUGGCGUCCUGCGGGCUACUCCGCAGGGUCAGGUUCUCACUUCACCAGGAUAUCCGCAGAAUUAUCCUGGGGGCUUGGAGUGUCUUUACAUACUUGAGGCUCAGCCUGGCAGAAUAAUAUCCCUAGAGAUUGAAGACCUGGAUCUUGAAAUCAACAGGGACUACAUUCUUGUGAGGGACGGAGAUUCCCCGAUGAGCCGACCUGUAGCGCGUCUAUCCGGAAAAUCCGAAGAUAAUCCAGCUGUCAUUGUAUCCACCGGGAGUCAGUUGUAUCUCUACUUCAAGACGAGUUUGGGUGAUUCUCGUCGUGGUUUUAGCAUCCGUUACACUCAGGGCUGCAAGGCCAGCAUUACUGCAAGGAACGGAACAGUGCAGUCACCAUCUUAUGGAUUAAACGACUAUCCAAAUAACCAAGAGUGCCUCUUCAGGGUGAAGAAUCCGCAAGGGACUGCCCUCUCUCUAAAAUUCGUUAACUUCAACGUUCAUAAGACAGAUGUCGUCCAGGUUUAUGACGGUCCCAAUGCCAAUGGACUCCGUCUGCAUGCCGGUAACGGUUUUACGUCAAACACUCGACCAAAGAUAACCCUAACAGCGGAGAGCGGUGAGAUGCUCAUCAGAUUUGUUUCUGACGCCCUGCACAGUAGCACGGGGUGGCAAGCGGCGUUUUCAGCAGAUUGUCCUGCUCUGCAACCUGGAGAAGGUGCACUAGCUUCCAGCAGGGACACUGCCUUCGGGACAGUCGUUACGUUCUCUUGUCCUUUGGGACAGGAAUUCGCGACAGGAAAAGCAAAAAUCGUCACUGAGUGUCUACCUGGCGGAAAUUGGUCCAUCACCUACAUACCGAAAUGUCAAGAAGUUUACUGCGGACCGGUUCCUCAGAUUGAUAACGGAUUUUCCAUCGGUUCUACGAAUGUGACUUAUCAUGGCUUAGCGACUUAUCAGUGUUAUGCUGGUUUUGCAUUCCCCUCCGGUCGUCCUACGGAGAAGAUUUCUUGUCUGGCUGAUGGAAGAUGGGAGAAAAAACCAUCGUGCCUUGCUUCCCAAUGUGCACCACUUCCUGAAGCGCCACAUGCGAACAUGACGAUUUUGAAUGGUGGCGGUCGCAGCUACGGUACCAUCGUCAGAUUCGAGUGUGAACUCGGUUAUGUAAGAAGUGGACAUCCAGUUAUCCUCUGUAUGAGCAAUGGCACCUGGUCCGACGAUGUGCCAACGUGUUCCCGAGCUGCGUGUCCUACUCUACCUACGAUAAAAAAUGGAUUUGUCGUUGAUAUGACAAAAGAUUACUACUUCGGCGAUGAGGUCCGUGUUCAAUGUAAUAAGGGCUAUAAGCUUACUGGUUCCAAUAUUAUUGAAUGCGGUCCCAAUCAAAGAUUUGAUAAUGUUCCCUCCUGCGAAGACAUCAACGAAUGCGCAUCUAGUCAGUGUGAUUUAGCAUCCACUGAAUGCAUCAACACACCCGGUGCAUUCACGUGCAAAUGUAAGUCUGGUUUCACUCCUGCUAUGGAAUGUCGUCCAGUAGGCGAUCUGGGACUCAUCAAUGGCGGUAUUCCUGACGAAUCGAUCACAGUUUCAAGUUCAGAAUAUGGAUACUCGAAAGCUGGCAUCCGGUUGAAUAGCGGUGAUGGCUGGUGCGGUAACAGUAUAGAACCCGGCACCAAUUGGGCAAUGAUUGACAUGAAGGCACCUACAAUUAUACGUGGAUUCAGGACUCAAAGCGUUGGACGCAUUGAUGGAAACAUCGCAUUCACAUCCGCAGUGCGAAUUCAAUAUACAGACGAUCUGACCGACACUUUUAAGGACUAUACAAAUCCUGAUGGCACUCCCGUGGAGUUCAGAAUUUUGGAACCGACUCUAUCCGUGCUGAACUUACCUGUUCCAAUCGAAGCAAAGUACAUAAGAUUCCGCAUUCAAGAUUACGUCGGCGCGCCCUGUAUAAAACUUGAAAUUAUGGGAUGCACCCGGUUAGAAUGUAGCGACAUUAAUGAAUGUGCCGUUAAAAAUGGCGGCUGUCAUCAGAAAUGCGUCAACAAUCCUGGUAGCUACUCCUGCAUGUGCAAUACUGGAUUCGAGUUAUAUAAAGGAAAUGGCACUGCCGGAUACUACAUUGAAAAAGCAGAAUCUGGUGAACGCGAUGGCGACCUGUACCAAAAGAACAAAACAUGUGUACCCGUGAUGUGUCCGGCUAUAUUGGCUCCUGAAAAUGGAAAAGUCCUUUCGACCAAGUCGCAGUAUCACUUUGGAGACCUCGUGAGAUUCCAGUGUAACUUUGGUUAUGUACUGUCAGGAUCAUCGUCCAUCGUCUGCACCUCUAGCGGUACAUGGAACGGAACAACACCUGUGUGCCAGUAUGCGAAAUGCGUGUCACUUCCUGAUGAUAAGAAUGAAGGUCUGUCGGUAAUCCGAUCGGAUGAGGCAAGUGUCCUGGUACCUUUCAAGGAAAACGUGACUCUGACCUGCGGUAACAAUGGACGCCUAUUGCGAAACACAGCGACUUCCAAUUUCCGACAAUGCGUUUACGACCCAAAAUCAGGAUUGCCCGAUUACUGGCUGUCUGGUCUACAGCCAGCCUGUCCACGCGUCGACUGUGGGAAACCAUUGCCGACUCCUGGUGCAGAGUACGGUCAGUACGUGGACACCAAGUAUCAGUCAUCGUUCUUCUUCGGAUGUCAGGAUACCUUCAAGCUAGCAGGUCAAACUAAUCGUCAUGACAACGUGGUACGCUGUCAAGCGAAUGGUGUCUGGGACUUUGGGAAUCUCCGCUGUGAGGGUCCAGUAUGUGAGGAUCCUGGAAGACCUAGUGAUGGAUACCAAGUAGCUCGUAGCUAUGAGCAAGGAUCAGAAGUCCAAUUUGGCUGCAAUCGACCUGGUUACAUCUUAAUAAAUCCACGACCAAUUGCCUGCGUUCGCGAACCGGAAUGCAAGGUCGUGAAACCUUUAGGACUUGCCUCGGGACGUAUUCCCGACUCGGCUAUUAACGCGACAUCCGAGCGACCUAAUUAUGAAGCAAAGAACGUCAGACUGAACUCUGUGACAGGAUGGUGCGGCAAGCAGGAAGCGUUUACCUACGUGAGCGUUGAUCUUGGCCAGGUGUACAGAGUCAAGGCCAUAUUAGUGAAGGGUGUAGUAACCAAUGACAUUGUUGGCCGACCAACGGAAAUUCGUUUCUUUUAUAAGCAAGCUGAAAGCGAAAACUACGUUGUCUACUUCCCUAACUUCAAUCUGACAAUGCGUGACCCAGGAAACUAUGGCGAGCUUGCUAUGAUCACUCUACCGAAGUAUGUACAAGCCAGGUUCGUCAUCCUAGGUAUCGUUAGCUACAUGGACAACGCCUGCCUCAAGUUUGAACUGAUGGGCUGCGAAGAGCCCGCCUCAGAGUCUCUUCUUGGAUACGAUUACGGAUAUUCACCCUGCGUUGACAAUGAGCCGCCAGUCUUUCAAAAUUGUCCACAACAACCGAUCAUCGUGCAGAAGGAUGCGGAUGGUGGUUUACUGGCAGUUAACUUUACUGAACCCACUGCCAUUGACAAUAGCGGUAGCAUAGCUCGCCUUGAGGUCAAACCACAAAGUUUCAAGACACCUGUGCGUGUCUUUGAAGAUACCCUGGUCAAGUACGUGGCCUUUGACUACGAUGGUAACGUUGCCAUCUGUGAAAUCAACAUUACUGUUCCUGAUGUAACUCCACCCAAAUUGAGCUGCCCUCAGAGCUACGUGAUUGAGCUCGUCGACCGUCAGGAAAGCUACUCAGUGAACUUCAAUGAGACACGUCGACGGAUCAAUGCGACAGACGCAUCUGGUCCCGUUAAGAUCGUUUUCGUACCAGAACGCGCAAUUAUUCCCAUCGGCGGAUUUGAAAACGUGACGGUAUACGCUACUGACUCUUCCGGAAAUCGAGCGUCCUGCCACUUCCAAGUGUCUGUGCAAGCGACGCCGUGCGUCGAUUGGGAACUGAAACCGCCAGCACACGGUGCUCUGAACUGUCUACCUGGUGACAAAGGAAUUCAGUGUAUCGCCACAUGCAAAGCUGGAUUUAGGUUCACCGACGGUGCACCUGUCAAGACUUUCGCGUGUGAUGCCAAAAAGCACUGGAUGCCAACGUCAGUGGUACCCGACUGCGUAUCCGAGAACACGCAACAAGCUGAUUACCAUGUCGUCGCCUCGGUGACGUACCGUGCCAACGGUGCUGUCACUCAGACUUGUCUACCCCAGUACCAAGACUUAAUGUCACAGUACUACAUCAGCCUCAAUGGAAUCCUGACCCAACGUUGUUCUGCCGUCAAUGUUCCAAUGAACGUUACAUUUGUACGAUCGAUGCCAUCUCUCGUCGAAGAAAACGUUCUCAAGAUGGACUUUGUCCUAGCAAUUGUUCCCGCCGUGCGGCAACCACAAUUGUACAAUCUUUGCGGUUCUACUCUGAACUUGAUCUUCGACCUGUCUGUACCCUACGCCAGUGCCGCAAUCGGACCUUUGCUAAACGUGUCUGCUAUUGGAAAUCAAUGUCCUCCUUUACGAGCUUUGAAGUCAUCGAUUACGCGAGGAUUUACUUGCAGUGUCGGUGAAGUUCUUAACAUGGAUACUAACGAUGUUCCACGUUGCUUGCACUGUCCCGCUGGAACGUUCGCUGGCGAGAAACAGAAGCAGUGUACCUACUGUCCCAAGGGAUUCUAUCAGAAUAGCGACCGUCAGGGUGCAUGCCUACGCUGUCCAUUUGGAACCUACACCAAAGAAGAAGGUUCCAAGAGCAUCGAUGACUGCAUUCCGGUCUGUGGUUACGGUACAUAUUCCCCUACAGGUCUAGUACCGUGUCUGGAGUGUCCACGUAACAGCUACACCGGGGAACCACCGACUGGCGGAUAUAAAGAUUGUCAGACAUGUCCUGCGGGAACAUUCACGUACCAACCAGCAGCGCCAGGUAGAGAUCGUUGCCGACCCAAGUGUGCUCCGGGCAUGUACUCCGAUACGGGACUGGCACCUUGCGCACAGUGCCCCAAGGACUUUUAUCAACCUCAACAUGGUGCCGUGACAUGCUUGGAAUGUCCUACCAACAUGUACACUGACGGACCUGGUGCGGUUGGUCGCGAAGAAUGUAAGCCUGUUCAAUGCACUGACAGUGCAUGUCAGCACGGUGGCCUUUGCGUGCCAAUGGGCCAUGGGGUACAGUGCUUCUGUCCUGCUGGAUUUUCCGGACGUCGUUGCGAAAUCGACAUCAACGAGUGUGCAUCCCAGCCUUGCUACAAUGGCGCCACUUGUAUUGACCUUCCUCAGGGUUACCGGUGCCAAUGUGCCAAUGGCUACUCUGGCAUCAAUUGCCAGGAAGAGAAAUCCGACUGUAGGAACGAUACCUGUCCAGAACGCGCUAUGUGCAAGGACGAACCCGGCUUCAACAAUUACACUUGCUUAUGCAGGUCUGGAUAUACAGGCGUCGAUUGUGAUAUUACUAUAAAUCCUUGCACGGCGAACGGCAAUCCUUGCAGCAAUGGAGCUACCUGCAUGGCACUGCAGCAGGGCAGAUAUAAGUGCGAAUGUUUACCAGGAUGGGAAGGACAGAGUUGCGAGAUCAACACGGAUGACUGCGCCGAGAGGCCUUGCCUCCUCGGGGCAAAUUGCACCGAUCUUGUAGCAGAUUUCAGCUGCGAUUGCCCUCCAGGGUUUACUGGGAAACGCUGUCACGAGAAAAUUGACCUUUGUUCCGGUAAUCCCUGCUUGAAUGGCAUCUGUGUAGACAAUCUCUUCAGUCACGAGUGCAUAUGCCAUCCUGGCUGGGGAGGUGCAGCAUGUGAGACCAAUAUCAAUGAAUGUGCCAGCAAACCUUGUAAGAAUAAUGGACAGUGCAUCGACGGCGUCGACGACUAUACUUGCACGUGCGAACCUGGUUACACCGGCAAACAAUGUCAGCACACCAUAGAUGAUUGCGCAUCCGAACCUUGUCAGAAUGGGGGCUCAUGCGUCGAUCAAUUGGAUGGUUUUGUCUGCAAGUGCAGGCCUGGAUUUGUUGGUCUUCAGUGCGAAGCUGAGAUUGACGAGUGCCUCAGUGACCCUUGCAAUCCAGUUGGCACCGAUCGGUGCGUCGACCUAGAUAACAAAUAUGUCUGCCACUGUCGUGAGGGCUAUACUGGAACUGCCUGCGAAGUCAACAUUGACGAUUGUACCUCGAAUCCUUGUCUGAACGGCGCAACUUGUAGGGAUGAAGUCGGUGGCUUCAAAUGCUCCUGUCUUCAAGGAUGGACGGGAGUACAUUGUGAGACUGACAUUGGCGCCUGUCAAAAUAGACCCUGCCAGAAUGACGCUAAUUGUAUCGACCUCUUCCAGGAUUACUUCUGUGUAUGUCCCUCUGGAACUGAUGGCAAACAGUGCGAGACCGCACCUGAGCGUUGCAUUGGCAAUCCUUGCAUGCACAACGGCCGCUGCCAAGACUUUGGGUCUGGUCUCAACUGCUCGUGUCCCGAAGAUUAUACUGGCAUAGGAUGUCAGUAUGAGUACGAUGCGUGUCUAGCCGGUGCCUGCAAAAAUGGAGCGACCUGCAUAGAUAAUGGUGCAGGUUUCACCUGCGUUUGUCCUCCUGGUUAUACCGGUAAGAACUGCGAGGAUGACAUAAUUGACUGCAAAGAGAACUCCUGUCCACCAUCGGCUACUUGCAUCGAUCUCACUGGAAAAUUCUUCUGCCAAUGCCCAUUCAACUUGACUGGCGACGACUGUAGAAAAACCAUUCAAGUGGACUACGAUCUUUACUUCAGUGAUCCAACUCGUAGCAGCGCAUCUCAGGUUAUUCCAUUCUUCACGGGUGCAGGAAAAAGUCUGACCAUUGCCAUGUGGGUUCAGUUCACUCAAAAAGAUGAAGCAGGCAUCUUCUUUACUCUGUACAGCGUCAGCUCUCCACAUGUACCGACGAAUCGCAGACCAUUGAUCCAGGCCCACAGCAAUGGCGUCCAGGUGUCUCUCUUCCCUGACUUCCAAGACGUCUACCUGCCAUUUAGAGAGUACGCCACGAUUAACGACGGCCAGUGGCACCAUGUUGCAGUCGUUUGGAACGGCGAUAACGCCGGUGAACUUAUACUGAUAACGGAAGGCUUGAUCGCCAGCAAAACAGAAGGAUAUGCCAGUGGCAGGAGUCUUCCAUCCUACGGAUGGGCUGUCCUUGGAAAACCAAGAACUGAAAAUGUCAAGGGCUACACUGAAUCCGGAUUCCAAGGACACUUGACCAAGGUCCAGGUGUGGAGUAGAGCCCUUCACGUGACCAAUGAGAUUCAGAAGCAAGUGCGCGAUUGUCGUACGGAACCUGUACUUUACCAAGGUCUUAUCUUGACAUGGGCAGGAUACGACGAUACUAUUGGCGGUGUCGAGAGGGUCGUCCCUUCGCAUUGCGGACAGAGAAUAUGUCCCGCUGGUUACAGCGGUAACAAGUGUCAACAGUUGGAGACUGAUAAGGUGCCUCCAAAAGUCGAGCACUGCCCUGGUGACCUCUGGGUCAUCGCCAAGAAUGGAUCUUCCAUUGUUACUUGGGACGAGCCUCACUUCAGUGACAAUGUAGGUGUAACUAAGAUACAGGAAAAGAACGGUCACAGGUCUGGUCAGACUUUGCUCUGGGGUACAUAUGACAUUAGCUACGUCGCCUAUGAUCAGGCAGGAAACUCUGCAAGCUGCAACUUCAAAGUCUACGUUCUUUCUGAAUUUUGUCCGGAACUGGCUGAUCCCAUAGGCGGAUCGCAACAAUGCAAGGACUGGGGUUCAGGGGGUCAGUUCAAAGUUUGUGAAAUAUUCUGCAACACGGGUCUACGAUUUUCACAAGAGGUUCCCAAGUUCUACACUUGUGGUGCUGAGGGUUUCUGGCGACCGACUACCGAUCCUUCCUUACCGCUGGUCUAUCCCGCCUGCACGAGUGCUAUACCAGCUCAGCGUGUCUUCAAGAUCAAGAUGAACUUCCCGACUUCAGUACUCUGCAACGAAGCUGGGCAAGGAGUCCUGAAACAGAAGGUCCGCAAUGCCGUGAACUCCUUAAACAGAGACUGGAACUUUUGCUCUUACUCUUUCGAAGGUACACGAGAAUGCAAGGAUCUAAGUAUUGACGUUCAAUGUGAUCAUCGUGUUCGUACCACUCGGGAAACCAAAGACGAGGAUGGCGGCACCUACAUAAUUUCUGCAGCUGUACCAGCAGAGGCAACGAGACAAGCACGCCAAGGCAGCGAUACCUACGAAGUGGAGAUUUCGUUCCCGGCGAUAAACGAUCCGAUCGUCAACACGAAUUCGAACGAGAGAGCCAACGUUCAGACAUUGCUGGAGAGGCUGAUUCUGGAGGAGGACCAAUUCGACGUUCAUGACAUCCUGCCGAACACUGUACCGGAUCCUGCAUCUCUGAUCCUGGAAUCCGACUAUGCAUGCCCAGUGGGACAAGUCGUGAUGGCUCCUGAUUGUGUACCCUGUGCCGUUGGCACUUAUUACGACGGGACGAGCAAGAGCUGUGUCUCUUGUCCGGUCGGCACUUACCAGAGCGAGUCAGGUCAGCUGCGCUGCAGUUCCUGCCCAGUGAUCGCUGGACGACCCAGCGUCACCAUAGGACCCGGUGCACGAAGUGCUGCCGACUGCAAGGAACGCUGUCCAGCUGGAAAGUACUACGACGACGACGACGGCCUCUGUCGCAGCUGCGGCCACGGAUUCUACCAGCCCAGCGAAGGUAGCUUCUCUUGCAAACUGUGCGGCCUGGGUAAAACCACCAGGACAGCGGAAGCUGUGUCUCGGGAGGAAUGUCGCGACGAAUGCGGUUCCGGUCAGCAAUUGGCAGUUGAGGGAAAAUGCGAACCCUGCCCAAGAGGUACCUACCGUACCCAGGGUGUGCAGGCCUCCUGCCAGGCUUGUCCUCUUGGUAGGACAACACCCAACAUGGGUUCUGCUGCGAUCGAGGAAUGCUCCCUCCCCGUCUGCGUUCCUGGCACUUACCUCAAUGGAACCCUAAACGAAUGCCUGGAAUGUAAAAAGGGAACGUAUCAAUCGGAAUCGCAGCAGACUUCCUGUAUCCCGUGUCCGCCGAACACCAGCACCAAGGGUCCGGCUGCAACAAGUAAGGGCGAAUGCACCAAUCCCUGCGAAAUGAAUGGAGAGGAGAUGCACUGCGAUGCAAAUGCGUACUGCCUUUUGAUUCCCGAAACCAGUGACUUCAAGUGCGAGUGCAAACCAGGAUAUAACGGAACCGGAAAAGAAUGUAUUGACGUCUGCAAGAGUUACUGCGACAACGAGGGUGUCUGCAUUAAAGACUCCAGGGGACAGCCAUCUUGCAGGUGCAGUGGAAGCUUCACUGGCAAGCACUGUACCGAAAAGUCCGAGUUCUUCUACAUCACUGGUGGAAUUGCUGGAGGUGUCAUCCUGAUUAUCAUCGUCGUUCUCCUUGUUUGGAUGAUUUGUGUCAGAUCCUCGCGCAAGAAGGAACCAAAGAAGAUGCUGACCCCAGCAACAGAUCAAAAUGGUUCUCAAGUAAAUUUCUACUACGGUGCGCCGACGCCAUACGCAGAAUCCAUUGCACCUUCCCAUCAUAGUACCUACGCUCAUUACUAUGACGACGAAGAGGAUGGUUGGGAGAUGCCGAACUUCUACAAUGAAACCUACAUGAAGGAGAGUCUUCACAAUGGCGGCAAGAUGAACAGUCUUGCUCGCUCCAAUGCCAGCAUCUACGGCACUAAGGAUGAUCUCUACGACAGACUGAAGCGCCACGCUUAUCCCGGAAAGAAAGGUUCGUCCCGCUCAUUCAACCCUUACGGUGAAGCGACCCUCAACUCUUGAAUGAGAAACGACGAGACACGCGAACUUUUUUUUUAUAGAUAAAAGCGACAGCGACAGCGAGGGCCAGUGACUCCGGGUGUGAACUCCGAUUAGUUACGACGAACGGAUUUUGAUCCGUUGGACUCUAACAGGCUCAGCAACGAACGACGAUAUUUCUCGGUGCUCGACUAGAAUGAAGUCGUCGUGACGAACACAAAUAAUAAAAAGAGAGAGCGAGAGAAAUAAUCAUGUCUGUUUUCACGGGAACGCGAGUUGUAUUCGCUGUGCGUUCGUCGGUAUAUCACAAAACGAGGGUGUUUCUCAUUAUAACCGGUGUACACGAGGUGAACGGCGCGAACAGGAUGGCCGGGGUAAACGAGUAAAGUAAACUGAUAAAAACGGGCGACGAAUACAACGAGAGUCCUGGAGUUGCGAUUAGCCAAUGAAUGAUCGUUACUUUGGCACUUCUCGAUAGGCUCAUAUGUAACGCGAGAAUCCAUUCAUUUUUUUUUUUCACAUAGUCCCCGUAACAAAGCGCGCCAUUUUCGAAAGUCACUUACGUGUUGGCACGCCUGACGUAGACACAGAGUCGGCCUCAUUGGUUGUAGUUAUAAUGUAAAUGAACUUUUUCCGAAUACCGUAAUGUCAGUGAAGGUUUUUGACCGAUGGAAGGGAGAAAUAAUAAAGCAAUUAAGUGCAAGUUGUACGACAGAGAACAGAAAUGAGGUGUUCGCUAGAUAAUAACGAAUAAGAGAGACUUGAGGAGCUGCGUGCGAAUCAAGGCAACGCGCAUGCGUGUAUAGCUGUAAUUUUUGUAUUUAAUAUCGUGUAUUCGUCAUCCUUAAGAAGCUUGAGUAACUUAACCCUUGAGUAACCCCAAUUAUUAAAUAACGGUGCGAAUGUGAAGCGUGUACAUGUAUGUAAUAUCAGUCGAUAAGUGUCAAUUUAUAUCUUGUUAUUAUAAAUAUGUAUUUUGUUUGUACAAUACUUACUUAUAGAUGUGUACUCGAGCGGUAUUGCGCACCGCAAAUGAGAUGACAAUAAGAUUAUAAUAAUAUAAUUGUUCAAAACUUUGUA